CAGCCAGGAGGUGGUGGUGGCGGAUGUAAUGGUGGAGGUGGUCGUGAAGGAGCGGGACGAGGUGGGGAAGACGAGCUUGAAAGUUCGGGAUUGGAUGACGAGCGAGCUGCUGGUGAUCCUGCAAAGGAUCACUGCCUUUUGGGUUCAGUUAUGACCGAUAUCAUCUCUUAA